AUGAGUAUAUAUGAUCUUUUGGAAUGUUAAAGCAAAAGAUGGUUGGUAUAUUAAAAGACUUUUGUAGAAAUAAGUAUCAAUUCAGUUUCAUAGGUUGGUAGCUCCAUGAUGAAAAUUAAUAAAACUCUGGAAAAUUAAAUAAAUGAAUCAUCUAAAGUAUAAAUACAUUAAUAUUCUACUAGUGCACUGAUUGUUCUGCUAAAGCAAAUUUAGAAAUUUGA